AUGCCGCUCCUCGUCGUCCUCCUGGCAUUGUUGUCAUGCGCCACGCAUGGCGCCAACGCCGCGGCCUGCGACCCGACCACCGGCUUCGUCACGGUGCCACUCACCGAUGCGCAGCUCCCGGUGCAGAGGCCGUACGACGUGCCGCUGGACCAGCGGUACGAGCUCGCGAAUGGCAUGCGGCGGAUGUGGGUGUACUGCACUGACAAGCCCCAUAGCCCAACCAGCCACACCAAGCCACGAACAGAAAUCCGCACGGUAAUUAUAUACAGCUCCGGCGUGUGGCAGUUCGAGGGGUACGCGUUCGUCCCCUCGGGCACGACGGGGGUGUCCAUCAUGCAGGUGUUCGGCGCGGCGAAGCACGCGACAACGCUGAUGCUGCACGUCUACGGCGGCGCGCUGGUGUACUACAACGACUGGACGCGGGUGGUCGACCGCGGCAUCUACAACCGAUGGUUCAGGCUCAACGUGAUCCACGACGUCGGCGGCGCAGGGACGCUCACCGUGUUCAUCGACGGCCAGGAGCGGCUACGCGUAGCGGGGCGCGGCGGCGACUUGCACUACUUCAAGUUCGGGGUGUAUACUCAGACGGCCCCCUCGCACCUCAUGGAAUCGCGGUGGAGAGACGUCAGGCUCUUCACCAAGGAAGCUUACUGACGAAAGCAAGCAAGAGGCAUAAUGUUCAGCGAGCCGUUUAGCCAACUAAACAGGCUUAAUGAAUUGUAGUUGUUUUUCAUUCCUUCGAGCAACAUGUUCUCUCCGAUCCUGUUCUUAAAGAUGUCAGAGUUUUCGCCCGUCAAAGGAGAAUGUCAAAGUUUCUUUUUGUCCGUGAUAUUGGUGGGGCCAGGUAGGCAACCAGAUGCCUGAUGUUUUUUAACUUUCAAUUUCUUUCAACUAGACUGUUGGAUCGAUAUCCGAGUGCCAUCCUCCCCGCAGUACAGGAA